AUGUCACAAGAAUUAAUCUCAAUCCCAAUUGUGAAUAUUGACAGAUCAAAAAAGAAGACAAGUCCAUAUGACACUGUUAUGAGUAUUGCAACAACUGUUUGGCUUUUUUUAAAGUUGUAUUCAGAUUUUGAUGUCAGGGUUCAAGGUAUUAGGAAAAAGCCGAGUGAAAAACUAAGAUGGUUACUAUUGAUUCAAUCACUUGCAUCACUCAUGAGUACUGAAUCUAAAAUUGCUGCUCGUAAAAUAUAUUAUCAAUUUUCACAUGUUUGGGGUCAAUUUUUCGAUUGUUAUAAUUAUUUAAAAAAUUUUGCUAUAAUAUUUGAUUAUGAUUUGUUAUCAGAUUUGAAUAUUUACUUUGAAAGCUCUGCUAAAAUCUACUCAGAUUUAGUUCCAGGUUUGAAUUACAAAUUGGACGAUGAUUACGCUACAAAAUUCAAAAAGAUUGGUGAAAUUGAUGGUCCAGUUGCAGUAAUUAUUUUGGAAAAAAAUUGUAUGCUUAGGCUGAUGAAAAAUUAUGUAGAAUAUUUUCAGGAACAACAAAUUAGUGGUCAAAAAGUAUGGACCAAUUUCAUCAUUAUAAGUGGUUCUGGUUUUCCAGAUCUGUUGGUACGUCGAUUUUUACAAUUUAUAUCAAGUUCAGGUACAAAGUUAAAACCAAUUGUUAUUACUGAUUCCGAUCCUUAUGGCCUUCAUAUCUAUUUAACUUACAAAAGAUACUUAGAAUCAGUGAAAUAUGUUAGAAUCAAAGAUGCUUUUUACAUAGCAGCCAAAUUGGAGUACAAACCAUCAAAUACUGUCAUAUUAGAAAAUUUAAAAAGAAGAGUUGAUAUUGACAAAAUUAUUGUUGAAACUGCUAAUGACAUGUUAAAAACUAAGGAAUGUAUGUCGUUAGAUAAGCAUAGACGUCUUCCGUUGCACAUUUAUGAAUUAGUGUUAUCUGAAAAAUUUGUUACUGAAUUCGAUAAUGCAGAGUAUUUUGAAUUGGAAAUAAAUCCAGGUUUCUUAAAAGAGGAAUUAACUCAAUAUUGA